GUCAAUGGAAGUUUAUUUAAAGGAAAAAGCCACAUUAUACAAAAACAAAAUCUUGUUCCCAUUUCCUAAUUCUUCAUUCUGGAUUUCUCAUUCAUAAUAAUUCCAACAUAACUUUCUUCUCAUAUUUUAUUAUUUCUCCCUUCGUUUUUUCUGUAAAGGCUCUAUAAAUUAUAAAGACUUGAUUUUUUUUUGGAAAGCUGAAAAUUGUUGAAUUGGCCAAAAAUGCCUUUCUGUGAAAUCAGCAAAUACCAGAACGGUGUGGAUGCAACUGGCAACAAUGGAACCAAGAUUUUUUAUAGAACUUAUGGUCAAGGCCCGGUCAAAGUUCUCUUAAUUAUUGGAUUGGCUGGGACACACAGUUCGUGGGUCCCACAGAUCAAGGCACUCACAGGGACGAUUACUCCGAAUGAUGAUGAAUCGCCGGCGGCCGCUGAUCGGAGCUCCGGCGAAGGCUCCGGUAUAGAGGUCUGUGCUUUUGACAAUCGUGGAAUGGGCUUAAGCUCCGUCCCCACUAAAAAAUCAGAGUACACCACGAGGAUUAUGGCAAAAGACGCAAUUGCUAUAAUGGAUCACUUGGGGUGGGAAAAAGCACACGUCUUUGGGCAUUCCAUGGGAGCGAUGAUAGCUUGCAAAUUGGCUGCAUUGGUGCCUAAGAGAGUUUUAUCUUUGGCUUUACUGAAUGUAACAGGGGGAGGCUAUGAAUGUAUACCCAGGCUCGAUCGUCAAACUCUAUCUAUUGCUGUCCGCUUUUUGAAGGCAAAAACUCCUGAGCAGAGGGCUGCUGUUGAUUUAGACACCCAUUACUCAAAGGAAUACCUCGAGGAAUAUGUGGGAACUAAAACCCGAAGAGCAAUAUUGUAUCAAGAAUACGUCAAAGGCAUAUCAGCAUCGGGGAUGCAGUCAAAUUGUGGAUUUGAUGGGCAGAUAAAUGCUUGCUGGACUCAUAAGAUAUCGCGGGCUGAUCUUGAAUCUAUCUGCUCUGCUGGUUUCCUCAUAUCUGUUAUUCAUGGCAGGGACGACGUCAUUGCUCAAUUAUGCCAUGCGAAGAGUCUUGCAAAGAAAUUAUAUCCGUAUGCUAGAAUGGUAGAGCUUCCUGGAGGACAUCUUGUUAGUCAUGAAAGGACAGAAGAGGUCAAUGACGCACUUCUUGAGUUGAUCAAGGCAUCUUCAAGUAAGAUUAGCCCGUAUGACUGGACAAAUUUGCCCAAGAAAAGCACCGGAUGGAGUAUAACCCCACUUACAAGAAAAAGUUCUCCCGAGGGAAGCAAUGUGUCUGUCAUGGUCGACAUUGUAGCAAGGCUCCAGAUCUUCUUGGUGUUCUUUUUUGGCUUGUUUAUGUUGGCAUUUGAGUUUAUGCGAAGAGGUGUAAGUCGUCUAAAACCAGUAAGAGUAAGCGCAGCCCUCACAUGAAGCCAUGGUGGCAAACUCUGUCCACUGGUGACUUAACCGGUGAACCAAAAGGAUGGGAUUAAUUAAUCUUAAUCUGUGUUUCAAGAUGACGACGAAUUAACUGUACAGUGUCUCACAUACUAGAAUCACAUCACAGGAGGAAGGAUAAAGAAGCGAAACUACACUGUGCUGACAAAAGGAUCAGCAAAAGGAAUUACAGCCCUUGCCACCUUUAAUUUUGUAGUUGGUUAGGGCAUAGAGCAUUUUCUGAAUUUUGUUGUAUUGACAACUGCAAAUCAUGAUUCCUUUUAUUAAUGAUAAUUAUCCUUUUUCAAUGAAUCACCCAAGAAACUGCAGACUUCAAGCAAAAAGUUAGUGAAGAUCCAAGACCCAAGUCUCAAAAUCUUCAACGAGGCAAUGAUUCUCAGCAAUCAGUAUGCAAUAUCACACAAUUUUUAAACAGCAACAUACUUUCUGACCAGAUUGUUUCAACUUUUAUUAUUACAAAGAGGGUAAAAUCUAUCUGAAAUAGCCUCCUCUACCUUCAAGGUGGGGGUAAGGUCUACGUACAAACUACCCUCCUUAGAUUCCAAUAUUUUUUUUUUCUUUUUUUUUUUGUGUAUUACAAAGAGGGUAAAAACGAGUAAAGGAUGUCAUUUUCAUUUUCUAGUUACAGCUAAUCAGAUAGGGUUCUUGUUCCAUGUCUCAGCAAACUUAACCACCAAAAACUAGCAUGUCCACGUAAUUCAUCCGGCAAAAUCAAUAAAUUUAAACUACCAAACAAGAAUCUUUAAGAAAAGGAACAAGGACCAAGGUAAAAUAAACAAGAAAACAAGGAAAUAAGCUAACCUGAAAUGCUUCAAACCAGGAGCGGCCCAAGAAGAAUUGGUGGCCUAAAGCCAAUUUUUAAUCUGGGCCU